GGUAUUAUAAAAAGGAAAUAGAAUUUAAAUCAUGGAUAUAAGUUCGAAGGACCUUAAAAGGUCGACCGUUAAGAGCCAUGCAACUCCUGACUCUAUCUUCAAAAGUUUGAUGGAGAUUCAUGCUCAUGAGUACUUAAGGAACUCCUUCCGCGUGCUUUUAGCAUUCCACAUCAUUGUCCUGUUCUUUACCAGGGAGGGUACUAAGAUUGAGACUAAUGAGAAGUUCCAGACUGUUCUGAACUUGUUCUACAGCUUGUGGCCAUUCCCAACGAUGACCAUGUCUAUUGGUGCAAGUAUUGACUUAGUAAGCAUUGUUACUAAGAUCAUCGAGAUAACAGUGAUUUCAUUUUAUGCAUUCGGAGUACUCCCUAAAAUAUUCUUAUGGAAGAAACCUCUGAUCUGGAAAUUGCUGAAUGCUGUGCUGAUCACUUCAAUCGUGGUAAUGAUCCCAAUGAGUAUUGUUGGGUUCCAAAACUUGGGUCUCCCUUACUCCCAAAUAAAGGUGAAGGUGAUGUCAUUAUCUCUUUCUCUUCUCCUAUUUAUCGAGAUCGUUGCUGGAAGAGACGCAACUAAUGAGGGUGAGAAGAAGAGCCUAACUGAGCUGGAGAAGGUCAGAAGAAACCCUAAUGGAUACAAGAACAACUAUUACACUUGGGAAGAAAUCAUCGAACAUGACAGAAGAUCCGAUUGUUGGGCUGUUAUUCAUGGGAAAGUUUAUGAUCUGACUGACUUCGUCCCAAGACACCCAGGAGGUGAGAUUAUUUAUGAUGGAGCUGGAGGAGAUUGCACCCCAAUGUGGGAAUCCUACCACCCACUUAAACUUGCGAAAAAUAGACCUCCAGAGAAGUUCUGCAUUGGCUAUGUUAGAGACUAUAAUGACUUCUACAGCUGGGAUGGUGAAUUCUAUGAUACUCUUAAGGAAAGAGUUGAGGCUAAGAUUCCCCAUAAAAUGAGAAGAUACGACCCGAAGAUGUACAUUAAGAGUGCAGUUAUUCUGGUAUCGUGGGUCAUCACUUGGUACUUCUAUCUUGUUUAUUUCAAUUAUACUUCUGCUUUAUUCUUUGCCUUUACAUCAGCUCAGCUAGGAGUAAACAUCAUGCAUGAUGGAAACCAUAUGGCUUACAGUAACAACAGAUGGAUGAAUACUUUGGCUGGUGCAGCACUAGAACUCGUCGGAACUUCCUGAGUUAUUUACAAAAGGUCUCAUGACUUCGGUCACCAUGGAUGUGUAAACCAUCUUGAACUUGACAGAGCAUUCGAUACCACAUUCCCACUGUUGAGACUCCAUAAAGGUCUGCCUAGGCUAUCAUACCAUAAAUGGCAGUGGGUAUAUGGCCCAAUUGUAUAUUCCUUUGUAAACUUCGGAGAAAUGUUUGGACAGUAUGAUGAAAUCUCCUGGUUAUCAAACUACCCAGUUAGAAGAGGAUAUAUCUCAAUGAAGGCUCUCGCAAGUAGGACAACUAUCGUCUGUCUCUACAUUUUCCUAUACUGGUGCGUACCUGCAUACAUGUUUGGAUUCACUCGUAUGUACUCUGUUUGGAUGUUCCAAUUUUGUGUUAUGAGUCACUUCUACACCUGGUUCUUUGCUGUAAAUCAUUGGACAACUGAAGCGGGAAUGACUGAUUUCAUGAACAUCUCAAAGACCAAUUGGGGAGUACUCCAGGUUGAGAAUUCCUGUAACUUUGGUACUAAACUCUGGUACUGGAACAUUUUGUCAGGAGGUCUAAACUAUCAAAUCGAGCAUCAUCUCUUCCCUGGAUUCAUCCACACCAGGCUAUGAGAGAUUCAGCCGAUUGUCAGAGAGACUUGUAAAGAGUUCGGAAUGAAGUACACAGACUUCCCUGACUUCUGGACCGCCAUUAAAUCACAUGUGCAGAUGCUCUAUGACUAUGGACUCCCAGAAGAGGGUGAAGAGCAUGAAAAGCAAGACUAAUUCUUCUUUGAUGCUAAAAGUUUAGAUUAGGAACCAAUCUACUUUCUACUUGGUCUGUGAGAAUUCACUUUGAGA